AUGAUGACUAUCAGGACGCCGAGUCUCCGCACGCCGUCUAAUGCCAUGGUGGCUGUCCAGUGCGGCACGGACCUGGUGUUCGCCCUGUGUGUGGGGCCGGCUGCGUCCGUCUCUGUCAUCACAAACAGCUGGCCGCUGGACCCGGCAGUCUGCAUGGUCACUGGUUUUCUGUGUAUUGUGUGCAGAGUCAUGUCUACCCUCACACUAACGCUGAUCGCCGUGAACCGGUGCGUGGUCAUCACCACGGGCAUCGACAUGCACGACAGGCUGUUCACCUGGAGGAACACCGCUGCCGCUCUGUCAGUCUUCGCGGCCGCUAGUUUCACCUUCGUGCUCUCCUGUCACGCUGGAGGGUUGGAGUUUGGAUAUCUGACCAGCACUCGACGCUGUACGCUCAUUGUGGAUACGAACUCGCCAGGUUACAUCGUGUUCCAAUGCACCAGCGGUGUACUGAUCGUGACCAUGGUGGCCACAUGUGUGUCGUGUUAUGUUAAGAUCGUCCUGUAUGUGCGACGGAGUGGAGCGAAACUGCAAGGGCAGGCGUCGGAUGCCCGCAAACGCCAGGAGUUUCUUCUGACGCGGAACUGCGGGCUGCUGCUCCUGGUGUUCCUGGUCUCCUGGCUCUUCUCCACCUUCAUAAUCAUCAUCAGUCUACUCAUUAAUACUGAAGAACCACCCGUUCAUACGGUGCGCUUUUUGACCUGCAUGAUCAGUGCCCACACCGUUGCCAACCCGGUCAUUUACGGUAUGACGAGCACCAACUACCAAACAGCCAUGCGAGACCUACUUGGCCUACACUGUUGCUGCAAGAAUAGCUCUGAAACUCAGCCAUCUACAUCCGUAGCAGCAAGAACUCCUGAGGUUCCCGUGCCCACGGUUUGCAUCCAUGUGCACGAUCCGCCAGGCGGCACUGCUGCCCCAAGGGUUCAUCGGCCUCUAGAACGCUCAGCGCUGAUCGAGGAAACUCGCUUGUAA